CCCCACCAGAUGCUGUGUAUGGUUCAAGGUGUAAUUUCGCACGCCGGACGCGCAAGUACACCGGGAUCGGUUUCGAAUUCUACCGAGAUCAGUUAGACCUGCUACGACCCAACCAGUGUUUGUGGGACCCGUACCUUGUGGAAGCCUUGCAGCUGUUCCCGAGCACUCGGGGAUUCAAUCAGGCGCGUGGAGGGCUUCUGUGCCACUCAUAUGCUUUGAUUUCGACACUGAACCCGAGAUGCACCUAAUUUCGCGCAAGAAUUAUGGUACGGCGAACUGGAUGGAGAUCAACUGGUGCCAUAUCGCUCGUUGGGAUCGUAGACUUGAGCUGCUGGUCCAAGGUGCGCCGAUCGAUGUUCAUAGUGCACCUACUACACUGGACUACAUGCCGUGGUUCCUCUCCAUCACUUGCCGAUGGAUGACACCACGUGGCAUCAUCGCAGCAGCACCUUACGCACCUGUUGCGCCUACCAUGACCCAAUUUGCACAAGGUGCGACAGCAGUGAAGCGGUACAGCCACGAGGAUCCGGUGAGGGAGAUUGCGCAAGGCAUGCUCGUUGGCACGCAGUUCCAGCACUUCAUACCGGAAGUCGCUGCAGAGUCCUCACCGGCUACCACUCAUAUGCACGUCUCAUCUCCUGCUUAUGACUAUCAUUUGGAGGAGAUGGACCUUUCAUUCCCUGUUGACGUUGCGGGGACCUCGCAGGCUGGGCCAUCGCAGCCAUCACAGUACCAGUCCCCUCCAUUGCCAGAGCGACACCUGAACGCCUCUUACUACCCUUGGGUCAAACAGCUAAGCAUGAUUUAUAUUAGGAAACGACAAAGAGAUUAA